UUGCUAGCGAUGAAAGUGCUCGUUUUUGCUAACCACAUUCACCACUGUGAAAAUAGCGCCACGUCUGUAGAAAUUAAAAGUCACCCUAAAAUAGAGGGGCUGGGCUAAGGGAUUUCCCCCUCCCUGCCCACCAUUUCCCUCAGCCAGACGGUUUCCUGUGGGGGAGGGGAAGCAGCUGCUGUAUUGAUCCUUCUCCGAGCCGUCUAAAGGGGGUUCUCUGGUGUCCCUUGCUGAGAUCUCUGAGACGGGGGCAGGAGUAACAGCCGCCAGGAUGUUUUCUUUUAAUAUGUUUGAUCAUCCAAUCCCCCGGGUUUUCCAGAACCGCUUCUCAACCCAGUAUCGUUGCUUCUCAGUGUCCAUGCUUGCAGGACCUAAUGACAGGUCAGAUGUGGAGAAAGGCGGGAAGAUAAUUAUGCCACCAUCCGCCUUGGAUCAACUCAGUCGACUUAACAUUACAUACCCUAUGUUAUUUAAGCUGACUAAUAAAAAUUCAGAUCGAAUGACGCAUUGUGGUGUGCUAGAAUUUGUGGCUGAUGAAGGCAUUUGUUACCUUCCACACUGGAUGAUGCAGAACUUGCUUCUGGAGGAAGGAGGCCUGGUGCAAGUAGAGAGUGUUAACCUUCAAGUGGCUACUUACUCAAAAUUCCAACCACAAAGUCCAGAUUUCCUUGACAUCACCAAUCCCAAAGCUGUAUUAGAAAAUGCUUUGAGAAACUUUGCUUGUCUAACCACUGGGGAUGUUAUUGCCAUCAACUACAAUGAGAAGAUCUACGAGCUUCGGGUAAUGGAGACCAAGCCUGAUAAAGCUGUGUCCAUCAUAGAGUGUGAUAUGAAUGUGGAUUUUGAUGCACCUUUGGGAUACAAAGAACCAGAAAGACACACACAACAUGAGGAGAGCACAGAUGUUGAAGCAGACCACAGUGGCUAUGUGAGUGACCUAGGAUUUCGUGCAUUCUCUGGCUCUGGGAACAGGCUAGAUGGCAAGAAGAAAGGUGUUGAGCCUAGUCCCUCGCCAAUUAAACCAGGAGACAUUCGAAGAGGAAUACCCAAUUAUGACUUCAGAAUCGGUAGGAUCACAUUCAUCAGAAAUUCACGACCACUAGUCAAGAAAGUUGAAGAGGAUGACUCUGGCAGCCGGUUCAUUGCAUUUUCAGGAGAAGGCCAGUCCUUGCGCAAGAAGGGAAGAAAACCAUAAGUUAUGGAACCUUUGGCCAAUUGGGGAGAAUAAAAUAACAUUGCAGCGCA